AUGACCAUCGAAGAAUCCUUCACUAGGCUUCAUGCAAAAGGAGCACUUCAACCUCUUAUACCUAUUCCAAACCCUGCUCUUGAGAAAAGAUCCAGUAAAUGGAAUCCUAAUGCCUACUGCAAGUAUAAUCAAGGAAAUGGGCCUAUGGUUGAAGACGGUAGAUUGCCAAUUCCGCCUGCAGCAAAAGAUAGUUUGAGGGAGGAUAUGAGUUGGAUGAGGCUACCUAGAAGCUUGCCUGAAUUUGAAAAUGGAUUGGUUAAUUUCCUUAAUGCUUCAUUUGCUAAGGCAUCCCGAGGGAAUCAAAUUAGAUGUCCAUGCAAGCAAUGUAAGAAUCGGUAUUGGUGGCAUAGAAGUGAAGUCUAUGAUCACUUAAAAGUGGAUGGCUUUGUGGAUGACUAUGAAAUUUGGAGUUUCCAUGGGGAGGACCAUAGAGACCAUAGCGGGGCUGGGAACUCCGAAGGGCCAAAUGAGGAAGCUAGAAAGUUUCAUAGAUUGGUGGAAGAAGGCAACCAAGAGUUGUUUCCUGGAUGUAAGACCUUUUCAAAGCUAUAUUUCAUCAUUCGACUCCUCCUUUACAAGACUCUUCAUGGUCUUAGUAAUGUGGCUUUUGAUGAUCUUCUUAAGCUUUGGAAAGAGGUUAUUCCCAAUGCCAACCUUCCUUCAAAUUUUAAUGAAGCUAAAAAAAUAAUAAGAGAUUUAGGACUUGAUUAUCGGAAAAUUCACGCAUGCCCUAAUGAUUGCAUGUUGUAUUGGAAAGAAUAUGAAGAUGCAGAAGAAUGUCAUACAGCAAAAUCCAUGGCUUGGCAUGCUGAUGAACGUGAGGAAGAUGGGAAUCUACGUCAUCCGGCGAAUGGAUUGACAUGGAAAAAUUUUGAUUCUCUGUAUCCAAAUUUUUCCAAGGACUCUAGAAAUAUCCGGUUGGGUUUAGCUAGUGAUGGGUCCAAUCCUUUUCGAACAAUGACCAUUGCACAUAGCACAUGGCCUGUGGAGUACCUUAUGUUGUCCUUGUUGAUUCCUGGUGCCGAGUCUCCAGGCAAUAAUAUUGAUGUCUACAUGCAACCCUUGAAGGAAGAACUUUUAGAUUUGUGGAAUAAUGGAGUUCAAACAUAUGAUAAGUACAAUGAUCAAACUUUUCAAUUGCAUGCCACAUUAAUGUGGACCAUUAGUGCUUUUCCAGGUAAGAAGGCUUUCAAUGGAAAAGAGGAGCAACGACCUCCUCCAAAACCCUUAACUGGGAUCAAAGUUCAUAGUGAGUUGUUGAAUUUUGAAAAUUUGUUUGGAAAAACUGUUAGGAGGAGGAAUGAUCCCCAGUAUCCAUGGAAAAAAAGACCAUGGUUUUUUGAAUUGCCAUAUUGGAAGGAUAUUUCUUGUCGGCAUAAUCUGGAUGUGAUGCACAUUGAAAAAAACCUUUGUGACAAUCUACUUGGGACUUUGUUGGAUAUUAAGGGAAAAACAAAGGAUCACGCAAAAGGUAGAUUUGAUCUUAUGGAUUUAGGUUUCAAAGAAGAGUUGCAUCCUCAACUUGCAGAUGAUGCUUUGAAGGAAGCAAAACUACCAUAUGGGUGUGCAUCUAAUAUUGCUCGUUGUGUGAGUUCCUCCAAAAGGAAAGUUGUUGGGUAUAAAAGUCACGAUGCACACAUUAUAUUGCAUUACCUACUACAAGUUGUUGUGAGAAAAUCUUUACCCAAGCAUGUGGCAAUUCCUCUCAUUAGGCUUAGAGCUUUCUUUCGAAAGCUUUACGGCAAGGUUAUUGAUCCAAAAGACCUUGAUAGCUUGCAAACUGAAAUAACUGAGACAUUAUGUGAGCUUGAGAAGAUAUUUGUACCUUCAUUCUUUGAUAUUAUGGUACAUCAUCCUGUUCAUUUAGUGGCUCAAAUUCAGCUUAGGGGUCCUGUGCAUGGGAGUUGUAUGUACUUCAUUGAACGAUAUCUCUGUACAUUAAAGUCAUAUGUGCGUAAUUGA